CGACUAACACAACACCUCAACAACAAUGGCCAAGCCCACCUCCAAGAAGCCCGCCAAGAAGACCGUCAAGGGCGCCGGCGGCAAGGCGAAGAAGUCCAAGACCGAGACCUACAAGAUCUACAUCUACAAGGUCCUCAAGCAGGUGCACCCCGACACCGGCAUCUCCUCCAAGGCUAUGUCCAUCAUGAACUCCUUCAUCAACGACAUCUUCGAGAAGAUCGCCACCGAGGCUUCCAAGCUCGCCCGCUACAACAAGAAGCCCACCGUCACCUCCAGGGAGAUCCAGACCGCUGUGCGCCUCAUCCUCCCCGGUGAGCUCGCCAAGCACGCCGUCUCCGAGGGCACCAAGGCCGUGACCAAGUUCACCUCCAACUAAAUGUCGUGACCCCUUCAAGGCGCACGCCACAACAUCAAACACAUCUACCGUCGAGCCGCAACAUGCGCCGACGCAAACACAAUGGUGAUAAAUUAAUCACCACCACACUCGCAAGAACAUACUCUUCACCAUAAUCUCGCCAACGCGCUCGUCGGCACAAGCCGUCCCCUCAACGAUUUUCAAACUCGGCGUUUUCCCUUGCCUUUGAAAAGGAGAUCUCUCCACCCUUGCGCUUGAUGACACAUCAUUCAUCCACGCUCGCCAGCAAGCUCAUACCCGCUCAUCCUUAUCGCAUGCUUCCGCGCGGAUCCAUCACGGCUUCGUCAAUCUCGUCUGAACAGGUCAACAUCAUCAGGGGUGAGUACUCCGAAAGCGACUGUCGACAAGCCGCGGGUAAAAGUUGAGUCAUAUAUCCUUUACAUAGCC